UAGUAACAAUGGAGUCGUUUGGUUACUAUGUUUCACACAGAUUAGGAUUCGAAACCAUGGUGAAUCCUGUGUUUGGUUGCCAAAUGAGUUUAGUUCAAAGCCCGUGUUUCCAAGCGAGGCCCGCACUGUUCAGUUGGUUUAGUCAAGAUCCGGAACUCACUCCAUACCCCCAGAUUGAGUCCAUCUAACCUCGAUUUCUGCAACCAAUAAUUCAAUUUCUUCUCUUUUCCCCAUCUUCCUUCUCAUUUCAAAUUCAGCUUUCCCCUUCUUCCUUCUCAUUUCAAAUUAAAGCAAAGCUGAAUUGACUUCAAUGAAGAAGGCCCCUACACCACAAGCUUCCCUGAAUCGGAGAAAGAAGAAUUGACCAGCAACAGGCGACAACGACGGUCGAGGCGAGGUGCGACGGAGAAAUCUACGAAAAUAUCACUCAUCGACUUUGUAUGUUUAUCAUUCAUGGCACCUCCGUUAUCUACCUCUACAUCCAUUUACCUUAUGGUAGAAGACAUAAUGAAUCUUUUCCAUAUGCAAACUACCAUAAUCUUGUAUUUUUAUUUGAGGCAAGGUAGACGCAUGCGUAGACGUCAUAGACGGCACUUGAUUAGGCAUUACUCUCUUAUAGACCGGAUUCCACCACAAGUCCGGCAUAUGAACAGACUUGUAUCUGUUAGCGACAUUGACUGCUUAGUCAACCUUCGAAUGGAUAGGAAUACCUUCGGGAGAUUGUGUCUUCUUCUAAAGGAAGUUGGGGGGUUGCGAAAUGGUAGAUAUGUAUAUGUGGAGGAACAGGUUGCCAUGUUCCUAGGAAUACUUGCACAUCACAAAAAAAAUCGUAUAAUAGGUUUCAACUUCAAGCGGUCUGGUGAAACUAUAUCACACUAUGUGCACCUAGUUUUAAGAGCUGUUAUAAGGCUACACAUAAUUCUCUUACCUAAACUGGAACCUGUCACGGAUGACAUUGGCGAUCCAAGGUGGAAACAUUUUAAGGGAUGUAUUGGAGCUUUAGACGGAACAUAUAUCAACGUUCUUGUCAGUAACACUGAUAAGCCACGUUAUCGCAAUAGAAAAGGUCAAAUCGCAACUAAUACCCUCGCAGCCUGUGACCGCAAAAUGAGGUUUAUUUAUUUUUUACCUGGUUGGGAGGGCUCAGCCGGUGAUGCUAGGGUGCUUCGAGAUGCAGUGACUAGGGAAGAUGGUUUAAAGGUGCCAAAAGGAAAUUACUUUCUAUGUGACAAUGGAUAUGCAAACGCGGAAGGUUUUCUGACUCCCUUUAAAUGCAUCCGUUACCAUUUAAAGGAAUGGGGUGAAGGCACACAAAGACCACAGAACGCACGCGAGUUGUUCAACUUAAGGCACAGUAAAGCACGUAACAUUAUCGAACGUGCUUUCGCUGUUCUCAAAAUGCGAUGGGGUGUGCUUCGGAGUGCUAGUUUUUACCCUAUAAAAACUCAGAUUAGGAUGAUCAUGGCAUGUUUUCUCUUGCAUAACUUUAUACGAGGUGAAAUGACACACGAUCCAGUUGAAGAUGCACUUGAGAUUGAGACAAAUGAGGAGACAGAUAACAAUGACUACGAUCACAUGGAAUUUGUCGAACAAGUUGAACCAAGCACUGAUUGGACUCGAAUGCGGGAAGACAUGUCACAAUCCAUGUGGUUGAAUCGAGGCAAUGUCGACAUCAACUGAAAAUGGUGAACUAAUACCAGAAUGCACUUGUGGGCGUGGGAAAAUGAGGUUAUUAUGUGCAGGGAAAGAGGCAAAAUACAGUGGCCGAUUUUUUUACAAAUGUCCGGCAGGCAUGAAGCAUCCUGGAUCGUUUUUGUGGUGUGAUGACUUCCAUAGCCAACAAGAUGGGGGCCGUAUACCAGAUUUUGUCUUGAAUCAGGGAUAUCGUCCAGAGAAACCUGUUAGCAACAUGGUGACUUCCAAAAAUACAAGUGUGACUCCAAGUGAAGUAGGUUGUAGAUCAUGCGGUCGUUGCCGGGCAGAGGCAAAGAUGAACAUGGUUUUAGCUUUCAUUGGAGUAAUGCUGUUUAUUCUUGGGGUUAUUAUUGGGAACUUGCUUUAGGUUAUUGUGUCGAUAGGUUGUUGGCUCGACUAGAGCGUUACUGACGAACCUAUCUAUCUAUGUAUUUGCUGUCAAACAGGUAUCUUUU